UGAUAUAUAUAUGUGUAAGUGGAAUGAGAAAGAUUGUAAUAUAUACACAAAGCACAAAAAAUCUACAAAAGUUUUGGAAAUUUAAACUAUAACUUAAACAAUCAUAAUCUAAGUACAAUUAAAAAACCAUGUCGCAUCAAACUGGUAUUAAACAAGAGUUAUGUUGUUCAGCUACUGCUGAAGUUAAAAAAGAUGUGGAACGCGAUUUCGAUAAACUUGUUGCUCCAAUUAUUGAAGAUGAUGUACCAUGUUACAUUUUAUAUAGAUUGGAUACUAAAAUAUCUGUAGGAUAUGCUUGGUUAAUGUUAAGUUGGGUACCAGACAUAUCUUCAAUACGCCAAAAAAUGGUUUAUGCUUCCACCAAGGCCACUCUAAAAACUGAAUUCGGUACGGCUUACAUUAUCGAAGAAAUUCACGCCACCACUAAAGACGAAACAACGUGGGAAGGUUACCAGCGCCAUAAGAAUGCAUUUGCCGCUCCUGCUCCUUUAACUAGUCGUGAAGAAGAGUUGGUUGAACUACGAAAGACUGAGAUUAACACUGAAAUUAACACCGACUCUAAACAUCAGACUUUGGGAGGAUUAGCUUGCCCAUUAACACCAGCUGCUGAAAAAGCAAUUGAAGAUCUUCUAAAUGGAACGUAUGAUUAUCUGCAAUUUUGUAUUGAUUUGGAAGCCGAAGAAAUACAAGUUAGCCAAGCUGCUGCAAUUGGCAUAUGUGAUUUGCCAAAGCAGAUACCCGAAGAACAUGCCAGAUAUCAUUUAUAUUUAUUCAAGCACACUUAUGAUGGUGAUUAUUUGGAAUCAUUCGUUUUUAUAUAUUCGAUGCCAGGGUACACGUGCUCAGUGAGGGAGCGCAUGAUGUACUCGAGCUGCAAAGCGCCCUUUCUUGAAAAACUUCAAGCUUUUGGCGUCGAAAUAGUUAAAAAGCUAGAAAUUGAUAAUGGUUCUGAACUAACCACUGAUUUUCUUCAAGAUGAAUUGCAUCCUAAAAAAAUUCUUCACCGUCCCGCUUUUGCCAAACCUAAAGGACCACCGAAUCGUGGAGCGAAACGUAUAACAAAAACUCAGGAAUUAUCUUAAGAUCAUUGUGACAACGGAGAUAUUAACAUAUUUCGGAAACUCCUCCUUUUUUUCAGUUUGGAACUAGUAAUAUUUUUUUUGCUGCUAUAAGGCAGAUAUGCUUUUUUCAGCUUCAAAAAUAUUUAUUUUUUUAAGUAUUCUAUCAAUUAGCGUUUUUUUGUGCGGUUGGGCACAGUGUGACUUUUUAAUGCU